ACAUUCUGAGAAAAAAUAAAGUAAACCUACAUCUUAACUUAUCACAGUUAACAAAUAGUUUUAGCUCCACCUUCUCUCUAGCUUACGAGAGAGAGAGAGACAAACAUAGUUCCUGACAUAAUCUUCCCUCACUAAAUGCUUCAACUGAUUGCAAGUACAACACAUUAAUCUCAACCAAAUCUCGACAAGAUGGAUGAAAAAAUGCACGAGUAAGAAGAGAUUUAUUGCAACGGAGUACGGACAAAUCUAAAGAAGCAUUUAACAUUCAGGAGCCUUUACCAAAAGUAAGUUUUCGAGAUAAAUUAAUUUCUGAUAAAAAUACCCCUUCCAUUGAUUCUAUUCAAAAAGUUUUCAACCAUUUUAACCUUGAAGACGAAAAAGAUAACACUUCCAACCAUCCUAUUUCAUCCCAUCUCAUCCUCCGAUAAAGAAAGACUAUAUGCACCUUUGGGAACAAGCUGUUAUUAUUAAACUGCUUGGAAACAAAAUUGGCUAUAACUACCUGCGUACCUACUUAAAAAUCCUUUGGAAUCUUAGUGAAGACUUGAACCUUAUAGACCUAGGAGAAGACUACUACCUAAUCAAGCUCUCACACCAAUCAAACUUCCAUAAGGUACUCCACCAAGGACCUUGGUUCAUAGGAUCCCAAUACCUUUCAAUACGCAAAUGGGAACCGAAAUUCAAUCUUCAAGCUGAAACCAUUCCUUACGCUACCAUUUGGAUUAGACAUUUAGACUUUCCGAGUUCCCCACGGAAUACUACGACUUAGAAAUUCUCCAAAAAAUUAGUAGCAUGAUAGGUACAAUUCUUAAAAUUGAUAGCUGCACUUCUAAAGGGCGAUAUGCUAUCCUUUGUAUUCUAACCGAAUUAACAAGCCCUUACCUAAAAACAUUCUUAUUGGAUCCCAUCUCCAAGAAAUUUAUUUUGAAAGCUCCACUAUUCUUUGCCAAGCUUGUGGUUGGCUAGGCCAUAACCUUUAUCACUAUCCAAAAAAUAACAAUUCAAACAAAAAUACCGAUAAAUCGGAGACCUCAAGCCAUCGAAAAAAUCCAACGAAGGAUUGGGUUAGUGUGGGAAAAGAUGAAAAAAUAAAAAAUGAAAAUGAAAAAAAAAAAGAAAAAAGAAGAAGGAAGAGGAAAAUGAAAAAAAGAAGAAAAUACGUGGACAAUCGUUAGCAACGAAAAAAAAAAAGUUAGAAAUAAAAAUCAAAUAUCCAUGAAAAAAGAAACAAAUACUAUUUCGUUUAAUUUUUCAAAUACUUUAAAUCAGUUCGAAAAUAAUGGAAAAGCUCACGUCACUAAAAAUUCAUCUGCUACAAUGUGUAACCCCAAUUACCACACACACCCUCUUACUCUCCACUCCAAUCAUACACAAACUUCUUUGAACCAAAAGCCAUCCACGUCGUCACCACAACAAUACAACUCUCCUAAUCCCACGCAAAUUGCUCCUACUACGUAUCCCUCUGAUAGCAAAAACUCUACACAGUGCCCUACCCCUACUAAUCCUAGUACCAUUCAUAAACUAGGAAAUCCCCAAACAAAUCUCAAUAUAUCUCUACAUGAAGCAACAAGUGCAAAGCCUACGUGUACUCCAUUUAAUCUCCACAACAACAACACAACAUUGAAACCCAAUUCAAUUCACUCUAGUAGUACUUCCUCUAGUACCAAGCACACUACUAUGAAGCCUACCUCUUCUCCUUUAAAAACUAUCAAAUCAACUAAUAUCAACUCUCCGCGAACUACUUUAAAUCCCUCCAAGUCUGUAGACUUCUUCCCAAAUCGAUCAAAUCCUCCUUGUGCCAAUUCAAUUACUACUAACCUAGUUGCUACUAAGAUUAGACAUGAAACUACCUCAACCUUUAAUACUCCUGCUACUAACAAUACAAUGGACGAAGGAAGAGUUAAAAAAAUUAUUACUUCCAUUAAUGAAAAUGUUCAACAAAAUGAAUUCAAUAGGAUACCUAAGAAGCCUAAGAUACCUAAGACUACAACUUCAAUCAUCAAGGCUAUUACAGUAACUAUGGAACCUACUAUUACUUAUACUAUAACUCAAGAUAACUUUUUAGAAAUCAUUCAGCACAAUUUACCAAGUGCCCAAAAUGCCAAGGAGAUACCCAAGAAAGAACAAACAUUUCAACAACAUUCCAAACUAUCUCAUGAAAAACAACAACAACAUGCACGACCAACCAUGGGAUGCAGAAACCAACCAUUGGAAUAUUUCCAACCAAAAUCCUCUGCCAAUACACCAAACCCUUCAAAUAAUACCAAUUUACCAGUCGAAUUGGAGCACCUCGACACAACAAAACCAAACUCAAACCAUAACAUAUCCCGGUCUAUUAGACGAAAUGCAACUGAUGAUGAACAUAUACUACAGACACAACAUGAACAGCUACAUCCCGAUGGAACUCAUGCCAUCGAUGCACACAAUGCUGGAAAUUGUGCAAAGCUACCAGAAUCUGCUGCAUGCUCGCUUCAUUCAGAAUCAACAUUUCAUCGAGAUCGGACGGAAUAUGAUAUACUUGCAAGCAAACAACAUGGUGACACAGAUGGAAAUCUUGAACUCAUUCUCAUACCAACUAACAAACUACUCAGAUUGGUCAAUGCCACAUCUACCAGACACACUGGAGGACACUUACUCACACGAUCAGGUGGUCCCGCAGAUCAACGAGACACGAACGUGGACAAAUCCAUCAUCUCCUAUGUAGGUUCUGGAAAUAACACAAGAACAGAAAGAGGAGGAACAACCAAGAGACAAAGAGCCAAAAUUGAAUCCCAUAACGCUGGAGGAUUCCCUAACCUUCACUCUUCUUGAAAAUAAAGAAGAAAGAAUCAUGGUGCAUGUUCAACCACCACUGUCGAAGAUAACAAUCAACUUGCGAUCAUCCCCUGACUCAAUGAUGCAUCAAUAUGCAGUGGUAAUCUCAGUGACUCCACCGAAGUUUUUACUUUUUCAGAAUCAAUUCUCUUUGAACCUGGAAAUGACAUCAGCUCCAGGAGGGUCACAAACAAUACCGAACAAGUUUCCCAUGAAGAUACUAGUAUGGAACUAUAGAGGAGGUCAACAACCCCACCUUUAGAAGGAAUGUGCUAGACUUGAUUGCAUCUAACAACUCUGCCAUUCUAGCCUUAACAGAGACUAGAAUGGCGGACCAUGAUUCUCUUUCACAGCUACUACCCUACUCUAACAUAUUCCAGUGACCUGCAUCCAAAUUCUCGGGAGGCAUAGCCCUUUUCUGGAACAGUAAUGAGUUCAUCAUAAAUCCCAUGGUAAUGACAGAGCAAGAGAUUCAUGCACCUCUUAAGGCCGUUUAUCUCCGGAAAGACAUCACCAUCGCCAAAAUCUGGGCUAUUUUCUCCGUUCUCCCAUUCUGUCAGGGCUCACUGGAGCUCCGUUGAAGGCGUGAUGACUCGACCCAAUGACCCACUCACUUUUGUCGUGAAACAGCCCAACCCCGUUCGGGUUUCGAUAACCCAGUUAAGCUUCCCCUAUGAAAUUAGUGAUUUGGGCUUCGUGUUGAAGUUUUCCUAUUGAUUUUGGUCUAGUUAGUUUAUUGAGGUUUGAAUCGAGUUUAUUCGGAUGCGGUUCUAUCUUUGACAUAUUGAAAUCGAUAAUCGAGGUCCAAUUCUUCAACUCACUCUUUUUAUUUUAUCU